UGUUUAAGGGGCUAAUGUGAUAGGUUCUGCAAGAGCCGCGGUAUGUAGCUGAGCGAAGCAGGGUUGUGGUGACAGCACAACGGGCGUCUGAGCAGCAGCGUGCGGGCUCCCUGGCACCGCACACCCUCAUCUCCCGCAUAUAGAGGUCGCGGAUCGGCUGGCUUUGCAGGUUCUGAGGUAUUAUUGCAUCAUGGAUCGGUAUGAUAACCUUUCUGAUGAGGGGGAGGUCGAUCACUCCUUUUUUGACAGUGAUGCAGAUGAUGAAGCCGGACGACAAGUUAUCAGUACAUCAGAACCCAGCAAGCGUGAGCAUACGCAGGCUUUUGGAUCAGGGGAGAGUAAAAGAGUAGCUGAAACAAAUCAUGGUGCAGGCAAAGAAGUGAGUAAAGAGAAAUCAAAGGAGCCUAUGUCCUCUCCGGAUUCCUCCAGACCCAGUAGUGCAGUAAAAUCCGGAAGAAGUUCUGCACAGAGUUCAAGAUUUGGAACAACAAUUCCAACAGGCAUUCCCCAGAUAAGGCAUGAGUUUGAAGACAAUUAUUACCCUGAUGAAGAUGACAGCAGUGAGGAGGAGAGUCGAAGUUUAAGGCCCAAAACUGCAAAGCAAACCAACAUUGGAAAAAAAAAUACAAAAUACAGCAGGGACUUUCCUUCUUCCAUCUCCAGCUCUGACACCGAGUUUUCAGAUACUGCAUCAGAUGACCACAAAUCAAAACCUCAUAUAUCGUUAAAAGAGAGAACACUUUUCUCCCUGGGGUCUCCUGAGCGCAGGUUCUCUAAGCAACCUACAAAGGACCAUACGGAUGAGUCAGAGGACACCGUCACUGAUGUUACUCCUCUUUCCACGCCUGACAUCAGCCCAAUACAGUCAUUUGAUAUAGCAGCCACUAGUGAAGCAUUGAAGAGUAAAGUUAAGCGGCAAGAGAACGUCAGCCAAGAAAUAUAUGAUCCUGUUAUUAAUGGCAGAGCUGACCCAAAGACCUUGCAGGAUGCAAUGGAUCUCAACCAGCUUCUGAAAGUCUCUGUCCCCUUGGAAUUUACAGUCUAUGCUCUCUAUUCCUGGAAAACAAGCACGGUCUAUGGAUUGAAAUCCCUCUUAAAAAUAACAAGAGCAUUCAUGCAUCUUGAUAAAACGGAGCAGAAAAGUCUAUCACUAGAGCACCCGCCGAGUAGACACAAGAAGAACUACUCUUUCACAAAUGAUGAAGUGAGAUACAUUGACCGAGAAAACCAGAGGUUGCUGAAGGAACUGUCCAGACAAUCAAAACCUAAAAGUCAGAGUAUAACUCCUAAGAAACUGAACCCCACCCCCAGCCGACUAUACCACAGCGCACUAAAUCGGCAGAGGGAACAGCAACGCAUCGAAAGGGAAAACCUGGCCUUGCUAAAGAGACUAGAAUCUGUAAAGCCAACAGUUGGCAUGACUCGUUCCGAGCAGUUCAUGGACUACCAGCGCCAAGCCGGAUACUUGAGCUCAACUGCCACCUCCCCAAGGCCAGGAAAGGCCUCUGUAAGCCGCCUCGGCUCUUCCACCACAUCAGGUAAUUCCUCAAGGGUGUCAAGUGCCAGCAUUCGCAGUGGUCACACGGGUAGCAGUGCGGCAUUACUUAGACCCACAAAGUCCGGCAAUGUCCGAGCGGCUUGGCAGUGAUGGUCCGUCAUUCACACGCUCCCAAAGCAGUUAUUCUGUAAACCAGUGUAAUACAAACAUACUGCUGUUAUGGUGACAUUCCAUGUAUUAAUGAGUAAAAUGUAUGAUGUGGCGUCAUGUUUAUUUUUAUAAACGGUUAAAAAAAAGUUGUGUUAUUCCAGAAUGCACUUAUUUAUACGGGGGGUAUCGAUAUGCUGUGUGUAAAUUCAAGCUUAUUUUGUGUUGGGUUUAUUUCCGUUACAUGAAAGGACACAAAUUGCCAAAUUACUAUAUGCUUUUGGGUUAGGCUUACAUUUGCUUUUGAUGUUGUAAAGUUCAGACUUCAGUAAAAUUUAAUUUGUAUUAUGAGUUAGGUUUUUCUGUUUAUACAUUUAUUUCAUUCCUGUCCUUUUAUUAAGGUGAAUCUACUGGUUUAUAUAGUUCGUUUAUUUAACAGUGCUUUUUUUUAUCAUUAUUUAUAAAAUAUUUUGUCUAAGUUAUUUAGGGGUUGAUGAAUCAAGCAGUGAAAGAGAGGAGAUGUUACCCAUGACAACCAAUCAGCUUUGAGAAAGCAUUUAUUAAGUACAUUCUGUAAAAUGAUAUGUACAAUAUCUGCUGAUUGGGUGCAUUGGACAACUCCACUCUUUUCACUGCUUGAUCAACCCCUAAGUCACAUCUGGGUGAACCUAUAGCUACAUCAUUUUUCAAACCUGGCUUGUUUUUAGUACUGCUUCAAUUAUUAACAAGGGAGCACAAACCUUUAUAAUUUUGAACAAUUUUUAUUUAAUUUUUCAAUGAGAAAAAAAUAUAUAAGGGAGGUUAAAGAAAAAAGUUGAGGGAGACAGUCGGGCAGGGAGAACACAGACAUAAGCAUAAACUCAGCUGAAGAUUAACAGCAAUCAAGAGUAACAUCUGAGUGGUAAACAACCAAAAAACAACCCAUAAAUUAUGACUUUCAUGGCCCAUCAGUAGAAUACAUAUGCCAGCUAAACCACUUUACCAACUGGCUGAAUAAGAGUAGGGACAACGGAGUGUUUCUAUCAGGAAGCUGUCAUCCAUUUUGGACACCAUCAAUGACAGAGGGGGGGAUUUAUCUUACAGAAUUGGGCUAUAGCUGCUUUUGGAGCAAUAGAGAUAUGAUUUAGGAGGAAUCUGUGAUAUAUGGGGAUUGUACUUGGGAAUAUAUGCAGGGGGAGCAGUUUGCGAGGACACGGACACCCUUGAGCCGAGAAUUUGUAGAAUUAGACCUUUUGCUGCAAGCCAGAGCGGACCGAUAUUAGGACACAUUCAAAAAGAAUAUUCAGGUAGUCGCCUACUUAAUCUCAUCCCCGAUAACAUAGACUGACCAAGACAAAUUUUGUGUUAUCUAUCAGGGGUAGAUAUAUACGAUAGAACAGCUUCAUAUACACUUCUGUAUGAGAUAUACAUUUAGACGUUUUAUAGACUGAAAUAAACAAGUGGGACCAGUCAUAAGGAUCUCGGCAUGUAUCCAAAUUACCAUUUGAGAUGUGCCGGGAGUGUAUCCCCCCUCUUAAUUGUCAAUAACCGAAUACCAGAAUGAUAUAUCACCUCUCCGAGAGGUGGAUAAAAUACUAGAAGAGGGGUGGACAAGAACAGAGCAAGGAUUUUCAGCCAUUGAAGGAAAAGAUCAAAUCCAGUUUCUGAUCUGGAAAAAGUAUCAAAAUAAACCAAAGGAACAUUUUUUAUGUUUAUUAAUAACCGUGUUUAGUAUACAACCAAUGGGAAUUGGCUGCUAUGUUUCCUACACUCUGGUGUUCUGGCAGUACGGCCCACUUUUAUUAUUCACAUUUUAGAACAUCUUUAGAAUAAAAAUCUUAAUUUCUUUAAUUAUAACCAUAGUAAGGGAGGAUUGGCUAGCAGCCAUUAGCUAUUUUGCACCAUGUUGUGUUUUUUUUUUUUUUAAUCAAGGCUGCUGGUCUUUCCUAUUACUCUUGCACCUCCUAUUAGCGCAUUGCUUGAUUGUAGUCUUGGAUUUUCAACGGUAAUGAUAUAAAAGUGAACUUUAGUCCAGACUAUGGGGCGGAUGUAUAAAGUGGAGAGAGAGAAACUACCAACUAAUCAGCUCCUACCUUCCAUUUUUUUAACACAGCCUGUGACAUGGCAGUUAGGAGCUGAUUGACUUCUAAUUUAUCUCUCUCCAAUGUUUAGUACAUUUCCCCCUAUGGGAGAGGUUUAUCAAGCUUUCUAAAGAGUGGACAACCAAUCGGCUUCUAGCUAGCAUUUAUCAAGGGCAUUCUUUAAAUGAUGGCUGCAGGCUGGUUCAUUGCUAUGUACAACUUCUUACUUGCCCAUUUCUGCACUCUUUAGAAUACAUGAUAUAUCAUCCCCUCUUAUUUUUAUAUUUGACCCAGACAAUUCUGGGUAGCACUGUAUGCCACCUAAAUGCUUUGUUAGCGCAUGCUGCAUAGUAUCUUUUUCCACAAUUAUCUCUGCUGUUCAUUAUGAUGUUGCAUAUGCAGGGCUGGCUCUACCAUUAGGCAGCUUUAGGCAGCUGCCUAGGGUGCCAGGAUCUGGGGAGGCAGCCCUGAGUCUGCUUUUUACAAAAUUAAGGAUAAUUCUGAGUAAACUUAAUGCAGGCGGCUGCUGUUGAACUUUUGAGAUGCCACCUCCACACUUUCACCUGAGGCUGAAAAGUGGGUAUUGGGCCUAAUUCAGAUCUGAUCGCUGGGCUGCGUUUUUUUGCUGCCCUGCAAACAGAUAGUUGCCGCCUACAGGGGGGAGUGUAUUUUAGCUGUGCAAGUGUGCGAUCGCAUGUGCAGCAGAGCUGCUUGUGCAGUCUCUGCGUAGCCCAGGACUUAUUCUUCCAGUGUAAUUGAAUCCUGCUGAUCGGUGCCGGAGCUGACGUCCGACACCCUCCCUGAAAAUGCUUGAGCCCGUCUGCGUUUUUCCAAACACUCCCUGAAAACAGUCAAUUGCCAGCCACAAAAUGGCCUCUUUCUGUCAAUCACCUUGCGAACGCUCGUGCGAAUGGAUCCUUUGCACCAUCCCGUCACUGCCCGCCGAUGUCCGUUGUAGCUGCCUGACGCGGUUGCGCAUUGCGGUGCAUGUGCAGUUCAGAUCUGAUCACCUGCUGUGUGAAAACGCACAGCAGCGAUCAGAACUGAUUUAGGCCCAUUGGUGUGUGGGUUGGGGGAGGGGGUUGAUAGGCUGAAGUUUUGCCUAGGGUGCCGAGAAACCUUGCACCAGCCGUGUGCAUAUGUAUAAAUCUUGGUGCUGUAGGAAAGAAAUACUGGCAGAAUUCUGGUGGAAAAUGGAACAUUCGGUGUUCUAACUCUGUUGUAUGGCUUCUGUAACAGUGACAUCCCUGCUCGUACCCAGAAAUCAUUGCAGUCAUGGAACCAUUUUUAAACCUUUCCAGGAAAGUAACACUUUGGUGUAGUAGUGGAUAAACGUGCAUUUUCAGUUAUGUUUUUCUUGGUGUAUGUCAGUCUUUGCAAUAGUUGACACUGAUUUAUAUAUUUUAUAUAAAUGUGCUCCACUGCUUUAAAGCUCUUUUCAUGCCUUUGUACUGUACUUUGACGUAUGUAAGCAUAAUUAUUUAGAUACCAUAUAAAUGGGGUUCGACACUAUUUCAUGUAAUAUUUGGUUUACAAUCUAAGGGAGGAAAAUCCAUGUCAUCCUUUUACAUAUGUUACAAAUCCACUGUAAACCAUAUUACAUCACAAGAAUGAUGCCAGUGGACAUCGAGGUUAUAGACCAUUGGUGCAUCCUUAUGUUACUAUGAUGGCAGAGACCACAUCCCUUUUCUUACACAAAUCUACCAUUUUCUUAGUAUUAACUGAUGAGAGGAUUAAGCUUUGUUUGUUUUGUUCCUUACUUACAAGAGUAUAAAUGUUAACGUGAAGAAGACUUUUUUUUAUGCAAAAAUCUGAAUCCCGGUACGUAACAAAAUUAAAGAAAUAAAAAUGAUUUGUAAAACUA